UCGCCGUAGUAGCGUCGGCGGAUUCGCAGACCGGCCACCGGCGGACACAAGCUGUGCAGGUCUCCGCGAUGCCAGUCGGAUCAUAAGCCGCCCGGUUCACCCCGUGAAACGAAGAGGUCAAAAGAGCCGUGUUCCCUCCUCGACCACAGACUCUCGGUCCGACACGGGCAGCAGACACAGAAGCAGACACCGUUACAUUGGAGUAAAGCGCGUCCUCCGGUGCAGCGCAGCUUUAAGAGGAUUGCUGUAUCCCAAGAACUGCAACGCCGCCCGAAGUGUGUUUAGACGGGGAAAAUGUCAUUGUCUGGGAAAGAAAACAACACUUCCCCUCAUGCCAAUUACGUGGGACCGUACCGCUUAGAAAAGACCCUCGGGAAAGGACAGACAGGUCUUGUAAAGCUCGGGGUCCACUGUGUCACGUGUCAGAAAGUUGCCAUAAAGAUUGUAAACCGAGAAAAGCUCAGCGAAUCCGUCUUAAUGAAGGUGGAGCGAGAGAUCGCCAUCUUGAAGCUAAUAGAACAUCCACAUGUAUUAAAGUUGCACGAUGUCUACGAAAAUAAGAAAUAUUUGUAUUUGGUUUUAGAGCACGUGUCGGGUGGAGAGCUGUUUGACUAUCUGGUUAAGAAGGGCCGAUUAACACCCAAAGAAGCUCGAAAGUUCUUCAGACAGAUCAUCUCAGCUCUGGACUUCUGCCACAGUCACUCAAUAUGUCACAGGGAUCUGAAGCCGGAGAACCUGUUGCUGGAUGAGAAGAAUAACAUCAGGAUAGCAGAUUUCGGCAUGGCAUCCCUGCAGGUGGGAGACAGUCUGCUGGAAACCAGCUGUGGAUCUCCUCAUUACGCGUGUCCUGAAGUCAUCCGGGGAGAGAAGUAUGACGGGAGGAAAGCAGACGUUUGGAGCUGUGGGGUCAUUCUGUUUGCUCUGUUAGUGGGGGCUCUGCCGUUUGACGAUGACAAUUUAAGAAACUUGUUAGAAAAAGUGAAGCUGGGGGUCUUUCACAUGCCCCAUUUUAUCCCACCGGACUGCCAGAACCUUCUGCGAGGAAUGAUCGAGGUCAACGCCGGCAGUCGGUUAACGUUAGAGCUGAUCCAGAAGCACACGUGGUACAUAGGAGGGAAGAACGAGCCGGAGCCCGAGCAGCCGGAGCCCAGGAAGGUGGCGAUCCGCAGCGUCCCGUCGGCCGACGACAUCGACCCGGACGUCCUGGAGAGCAUGCACUCGCUGGGCUGCUUCCGGGACAAGAACAAGCUGAUGAAGGACCUGCUGUCGGACGAUGAGAAUCAGGAGAAGAUGAUCUAUUUCCUUCUGUUGGAUCGUAAGGAGCGAUACCCCAGCCACGAAGACCAGAACCUCCCUCCUCGAAACGAUAUAGAUCCUCCGCGGAAGCGUGUGGACUCCCCAAUGCUGAACAGACACGGGAAGAGGAGGCCGGAGAGGAAGUCUAUGGAGGUGCUGAGUGUUACUGAUGGAGGUUCACCUGUACCUGCACGACGAGCCAUCGACAUGACACAACACGGACAGAGGUCACGGUCCAUCAGUGGUGCGUCCUCUGGUCUCUCCACCAGCCCUCUCAGCAGCCCACGGGUGACCCCCCACCCUUCUCCAAGGGGAAGCCCUAUCCCCACUCCCAAAGGAACGCCCGUGCACACGCCUAAGGACAGCCCAGCGGGGACACCGACCCCUACGCCACCCCCCAGCCCCUCCAUCGGGGGAAUGCCCUGGAAGAUGCGCCUCAACUCCAUCAAGAACAGCUUAAUGGGCUCACCCCGCUUUCACCGCAGGAAACUGCAAGUUCCCACUCAAGAGGAAAUGUCCAGCCUCACACCAGAGUCUUCCCCAGAACUUGCCAAAAAAUCUUGGUUUGGUAACUUCAUCAACCUAGAGAAAGAGGAGCAGAUCUUUGUGGUUAUUAGGGACAAGCCACUGAGCUCUAUAAAAGCCGACAUCGUCCACGCCUUUCUCUCGAUACCAAGCCUCAGUCACAGCGUUAUCUCGCAGAUGAGUUUUCGGGCCGAGUACAAAUCCACCGCCGGCCCCACCGUCUUCCAGAAGCCUGUUAAGUUCCAGGUCGACAUCACGUACACCGAGAGCACUGCGGCCACCAAGGAGAACGGCAUCUAUUCAGUCACCUUCACUCUGCUCUCAGGUCCCAGCCGGCGUUUCAAGCGGGUGGUAGAAACGAUUCAGGCGCAGUUGUUAAGCACACACGACCAGCCGGGAGUCCAGCAGCUCUCUGGUAGCCCAUUGAGUAACUUCUUUGACGUAAUUAAACAACUUUUUUCAGACGAGAAGAACGGUCAGGUGCCUCAUCCACCUGGCACGCCCAACAGACACCCACCUAACGCCUGUCACCACGACCCUCAGCCUAGUGACUCUAAAUGCCCAGCGGGUAAUCCCAGGGACAAUUCUAACCUGGUGCCAUCCGUUGGGACACAGGAGCAGCCCUAAAAGUUUACCAAUCAAGCUUUUCAAAGCGUACCUACAAAAGAUCUCAAAAUAUAGAAAAUCUUAGAGGUGAUGGAAUAUUUAUUUGGACAAACUUUUAUAUGAUGGAAUGACUGUUUAAAAACAAAUUCUGACACAAAUCCAGACACAUUACCCCUUUCACCGUCUCUGCCAUGUCGUUGUGCCCGUUCCCUUCCCGAAACCCUUUCGUUUUUACCCCAGAUAUUUUCAUGUCUUUACGUCUGUCUUCCCGUUUUCCUCACCUUUGUGACGGCUUGUCUUUGCUGCUAGGAAUUAUCCAGAAAACAUAUUAAAACGCCACCUCCCACUUCCCUGCACAUCCUGAGAUGGACAGUUACUGACAGACGCCACUUUUCAUGGUUUCCAAGGAGUUGGACCCUUCAUCAUACUCUUUCCUUCCCGUUCUGCCCUCUCGAGGACUAAAAUACAAACACUGACACUUCUUCCCAGUCAACCUGUGUGCUCCCACCAACACCAACCUGUUAAAAUGUUUGACCAGCCGGUAGAAACCGGCGGCAAAAAACUGGCUCUGUUCCAAAAUGUAGUGAGCUUCCUCGAGGUACGUCACUUUGAUCAAGAGACCCUUAAUGCAAUGCAACAAACUUCAUAAAAAUACCCAUUAAAGAUGACAGAUAAAGCACAUAAAUCUGUCUAAUAAAACUGAGGA